UGGGGGUGGGGGAGGCGUCCCUCCCUGGACCCCGGCGACUUCCUCUCUCGGUUUGUCUGGGUCAUCUUGUCUGCCCGCCGCUGGCCUGGCCCCGUCUGUCUCUCUCAGCAGCUGUCUUUCUCGCGCCCACUGGCCGGUCUCUCCUCUUCCCCGCAGUUGCCUCCUUCUCUGCCUGCCUGGGUGGCCGCCAUGGGCCGGAAGCGGCUCAUCACUGAUUCCUACCCGGUUGUGAAGAGGAGGGAGGGGCCCGCUGGGCACAGCAAGGGGGAGCUGGCACCCGAGCUAGGGGAGGAGCCCCAGCCCCGCGACGAGGAGGAAGCGGAGCUGGAGCUGCUGAGGCAGUUUGACCUGGCCUGGCAGUACGGGCCCUGCACCGGGAUCACACGGCUGCAGCGCUGGUGUCGGGCCAAGCAGAUGGGCUUGGAGCCUCCCCCAGAGGUGUGGCAGGUGCUGAAGACCCACCCCGGAGACCCCCGCUUCCAGUGCAGUCUCUGGCAUCUCUAUCCCCUAUGAGGCACCACGUAGGACCUCCUGCCUUUAGCUCUCUUGCUCACCACCCAAGAACCUCAGGACAGAAGCGAGAACCCAUUGCUCCUGCUCAGCUCAGCCCUGCUGCGGAGGAACCCUUGGCAGGCAGAACCUGGAGGUGUCAGAGGCUCAACUCCUCCAUCUAACCAGCAGGCUCCCAGAGCCCUCUGGAAGAGCCUGCGCAGCUGAAGCAGAGUGCGUCUAGAUGGAGAGUGGUCACUGGGGAAAAGGACCUGGCCAUCACCUUCCAGUACCUACUGCCUGUCUCCCUGACCCAUGGUGUGGCAAGUUAGGCACAGUCAGACAUGGACAGUUGAUCCAUGAGGAAAAGAUGCUCUCCCACCUAAGGCCAGGAAUCUGAGAGCAGGACUGGCUGAGCUCCCAGGGCAAGGGGUUCACUAAUGCUUAUCAAUAAAGAAUAUUGAGCCUGGAA